AUGGCCCAGAACCAAGAACCUUGUUUGAAAGGACAAAACAGAGCUUUGGAUGAGGUUUCUAUUGAAUCUGUUAAAACAACUAGUGCACUGCCUAGAAAUGCCCGUGGAAGUGCGAAUGAAACAAUGGAAAUAGAAAAUUCCAAGAUCAAACCCGCUUCGUUUCAAACUGGCUCUGUUCAACAGUUUGAACAGAAGGGAUCUGAUGGGACUCCAGAAGAACAUCAAGUGGAAACUAAAUUCACUUUUAGUAAAUCAACUGUUCAAACAACUGGCAGUCUGUCUGAAAAACAAAGUCAAGGUGCGAGUAAGACUAAGAUCUGCCCUUCGUCUCAACAAAGUGGCCUUGUUCAACAGGAGGUAUCUGGUCCGACUCCAGAAAAACAUCAUGCGGGAAGCCGCGAGGAAACAACUGUUGAAACCACUAGUUUGGAUCAACAAACUGACAGUAUUCAACACACAGGAUAUUGUGCGACUCAAAAGGAUCAAGUGAUCAAGGAAACACUGAUACGCGAGAGGGCUGUGAGCGCAGCGAAACAGGAAGUUAUAAAGCGUUUGAAAGACCUUGAACAAAGGGUUGAGGAAAAGGACAGGGAGCUGGGUGAACUGAAAAAUGAUCUUCACUUGAAAGAACAUGAGCUGGGUAAAUGCAGAACAAUCAUCGAGGAAAAAAACACUCAACUGAGCGAAAUCAAAUUUGAAAUUAAGCAGAAAAACAUUCAACUGGGUGAACUCAAAUUAGACGUUGAGCAGAAAAACAUUCAACAGGGUGAACUCAUAUCAAAAGUUAAGCAGAAAAACACUCAACUGAGGGAAUUCAUAUCAGACGUAGCGCAGAAAAACAUUCAACUGAGUGAACUGAAAUCAGACGUUGGGCAGAAAAACACUCAACUGCGUGAACUGAGGUCAGAAGGGGAGAAAAAAGACACUCAACUGCGUGAACUGAGGUCAGAGGGUGAGAUGAAAGACACUCAACUGCGUGAACUGAGGUCAGAAGGUGAGAGGAAAGACACUCAACUGCGUGAACUGAGGUCAGAAGGUGAGAGGAAAGACACUCAACUGCGUGAACUGAGGUCAGAAGGGGAGAAAAAAGACACUCAACUGCGUGAACUGAGGUCAGAAGGUGAGAGGAAAGACACUCAACUGCGUGAACUGAGGUCAGAAGGUGAGAAAAAAGACACUCAACUGCGUGAACUGAGGUCAGAAGGGGAGAAAAAAGACACUCAACUGCGUGAACUGAGGUCAGAGGGUGAGAUGAAAGACACUCAACUGCGUGAACUGAGGUCAGAAGGUGAGAGGAAAGACACUCAACUGCGUGAACUGAGGUCAGAAGGUGAGAUGAAAGACACUCAACUGCGUGAACUGAGGUCAGAAGGUGAGAGGAAAGACACUCAACUGCGUGAACUGAGGUCAGAAGUUGAGAGGAAAGACACUCAACUGCGUGAACUGAGGUCAGAAGGUGAGAGGAAAGACACUCAACUGCGUGAACUGAGGUCAGAAGGUGAGAGGAAAGACACUCAACUGCGUGAACUGAGGUCAGAAGGUGAGAUGAAAGACAAUCAAUUGCGUGAACUGAGGUCAGAACUGAGGUCAGAAGGUGAGAUGAAAGACAAUCAACUGCGUGAACUCGAAUCAGAAAUCGAGCGCAAAAACAGUCAACUGGGUGAACUUACAAGAGAGAAAAAUGAUUUACAAUCUGCGGUAAAUACAUACGAGGUGUCACAAACUCAAAAUGCCGCCACUUGUGAAUCAUUGAAAAGAAAACUGUGUAAUCUGAAAAAAAUAACUGAUGACUUAAGAACCAGUCAUGAUGAUUUAGAGGAACAGCUGGAACAGCAGGGGAACCAUGCCACUGAUUUAUCCUUGUUAACUGCGGAAAUUCAACACAUAAUCGACGACAUUGAAAGAGAAAGAGAAAGAGAAACGGAAACACUACAAGUAGCGGUCGAUGUAAUCCCUGUUUUACGUGUUGAAGCUCCUUCGCCAUCAACCAUCAAUUGCAUUCCGCCCGUAACUGGGGAUAAUGUCCACGACCCGAAUGAGGAAUAG